AUGCCUCGUCAAGACUGUCUCAGAGAUACGGCGAGGAACAGGGCUACACUUGGCACGACUGUUCUUCCGUUCUUCCGUUCUUCCGUUCUUGCGUCCUUCCGUUCAUCCGUUCAUCCGUUCAUCCGUUCAUCCGUUCAUCCGUUCAUCCGUUCAUCCGUUCAUCCGUUCAUCCGUUAUUCUCUUCAUCCGUUCCAUCGUUCCACCGUUCAUCCAUUCAUCCGUCCAUCUUUCAGUCCAUUCGUCACGGGGUGUCUUGACAACGUGUCUGCGUGUCCAGAGUACCGGGACACGGACAGACACGUGAAUGCGACGAGGCAUCGCACUGUCGAGUUCCGAUCGAGGCCAAUCAGCCAGCCGGCCGGCCGGCCGGCCGACAAGUCUGGCAGGCACCGUUAUCCGUUAGUCCAUGUCUGUAGCUCUGUCUGCCCGGACCCGGCCAGGCCCGGCUCUGCCGUCGCGUCUGCUCAGCGUCCGACGAAAGGCUUUUUACGCAACCAGACGACAACCGACCCUGCCUAUCCUUGGACAUUGCCAGGCCGACCGACCGACCGACCGACCUACCAAUCAUCGGCGCCGGCUGCAGGUGUGCUUUUCUCUUUGUCGGUCUGUUUGAGAAGUGAAUGUCUCCAUCCGGCCCGGCAAAAACGAUCCAGAAAUCCUUACACAUGA